AUGGCAACUCAAUUCAAAGAGAACACAGUGAUUGUUGUGUUUGGUGCGUCUGGAGAUCUGGCGAAGAAGAAAACGUUCCCAGCACUAUUCGGUCUCUACAGAGAAGGAUAUCUGUCGUCCUCUACCAAGAUCUACGGGUAUGCUCGUUCACAGAUGACGUCUGAGGAGCUCCACGACAGAAUCAAGGGGCACUUCAAGACCACGACGGAGGAGUCAAAGCAGAAGGUUGAGGAGUUUUUGAAGUUGGUGUCGUACAUCUCUGGUCCGUACGACAAGGCUGAAGGGUUCAAGACGUUGAACGAGUCAAUUGAAGCGUUUGAGCAGGAGAGAGGCGUCAAGGAGCCUCACAGACUGUUCUACCUGGCGUUGCCACCUUCGGUGUUCAUCACAGUGGCCAAGGAGCUGAAGGAGAACGUGUACGCUUCUAACGGUAUAACGAGAAUCAUCGUGGAGAAGCCAUUUGGCAGAGACCUGGAAACUGCCACAGAGCUCCAGAAACAACUGUCGCCGUUGUUCACUGAGGAGGAGAUUUACAGAAUUGACCACUACUUGGGUAAGGAGCUGGUUAAGAACUUGUUCGUGCUAAGAUUUGGUAACCAAAUUCUCAACAGCUCCUGGAACAAGGAGUCCAUCAAGUCCAUCCAAAUCUCAUUCAAGGAGCCAUUUGGUACAGAAGGCCGUGGUGGUUACUUUGACGACAUUGGUAUCAUCAGAGAUGUUAUGCAGAACCAUCUGCUACAGGUGUUGACCCUGCUGACGAUGGACAGACCUGCUUCUUUUGAUCCAGAGUCUAUCCGUGAUGAAAAAGUGAAGGUGUUGAAGGCAAUGGCCCCAAUUGAUAAGAAGGAUAUCAUCAUUGGCCAGUAUACAAAGUCAUUGGAUGGUUCCAAGCCUGCGUAUGUCGAUGAUGAGACUGUCAAGCCAGGCUCUAAGGCUGUUACCUUUGCUGCCAUGACGUUACACAUUGAGAAUGAAAGAUGGGACGGUGUUCCAAUUGUCAUGAGAGCCGGUAAGGCCUUGAAUGAAGGUAAGGUUGAAGUCAGAAUUCAAUACAAACAAGUUGCAAAGGGAAUCUUUGAAGAUAUGCCUCCAAAUGAGUUGGUUAUCAGAAUCCAGCCAAACGAGGCUGUUUACAUCAAGUUGAAUGCAAAGACACCGGGUUUGGCAACCACUUCCCAAAUCUCUGAUUUGGACCUGACCUACUCCAAGAGAUACCAACAAUUCUGGAUCCCAGAGGCGUAUGAAUCAUUGAUCAAGAAUGCCCUUGAAGGAGACCAUUCGAACUUUGUUAGAGAUGAUGAGUUGGAUGUCAGCUGGAAGUUGUUCACUCCAUUCUUGAACUAUUUGGAAUCUCCAGAGGGACCAUCUCCAGAGUUGUAUCCAUAUGGAUCCCGUGGUCCUGAAGAGUUGAAGCAGUACUUGGCUGACCAUGGCUAUAUCUUCACAGGUCCUGGAAAGUAUCAAUGGCCAGUUACAAGACCACAAGAGAACUUGUGA